AACAGGGCAAAGUCUACAACUGGACUGGACUAGGUGGCGUUAACCAGAAGCCAGCAUUAACUAACCAUGAAGCAGCUUUAAUUAAUGACUUCCGCCUCUAGAGGAGCAUUCCAGAGCCCCGUUAGCAUCUCAGGCAAGAUGAGUUUAACCCUCGGUCAGAUUCGCUGUUACCCUGCCUGACUGAGAGUUGGGAGCUCUUUUCUGCCUCUGCUGGGCCUUGUGCUGCAGAACCGCAGGGAAACUGUUAACUCGAGGUAUUUUGGGGGCUCUGAAUGCAGGGAUCUCGCUGUGCCAGAAUGCAGUGCUGGAAGAAUUUGUCAAUCAGAUUAAAAUGGACUUUAAUAGAACACAAACCGACCAACACCGUUGUACCUCUCCAUGGAGCCAGAAACGCAGGAUCUGCGGGGGUUCGGUGUCUCCACGCCAGGAGCUUGAAGCAGCUGAUCGGGGCAAUGACCAGAAAUCUUUGUCGCCUUGAGAGGCCUGGCUUCUUGCAGUGUCCUCAGUAUGCAGUGCAGCAGUGCAAAUCACUGAGCACCGGUGCUAGCCAAGUCGACCCCAUUGAGCAGCAUCGGCGGAGACUACGCGAUUGGUUCAGCCAUAUGCCCAAGGAGGAGAUGAGGUUUGGUUCCUUCUCCAUGGAUAACUGGCGUAUCGAUCCUGUCCUUGCUGAAAGCUCCCCCAGAGAGAAUAGGGAGCUGGCUGCGAGGCUGGGCGUCUCCGCUCGCGCUGAACCGGAGAAAUCCCAGGUCUUCAAGGCUAACCACUUGUUCCCCUCUCUUGGUGAGCCGUUUCCUCGUGUGAAGAAUGUGCUGCUGUACGGAAUGGUGGGAAUGGGCAAGAGCACAGUCGUCAACAAACUAGUCUUGGAUUGGUGUGAUGGUCAGCUCGAUCAGUUCCACAUCAUCCUGCCUUUCUCCUGUGAAGACUUGUCCUCGCAGAACCAAUCCACGUCCCUGAAUAAAUUAGUGACUCGAAAGUACACCCAGCUGAGAUCCGUUUUGCCUCAGAUUUGGUCGGGGAGACAAGGGAAGGUGCUCCUGGUUUUCUCUGACCUGGAGCAGCUUAAACUUGACUUUCGUCUCUCGAAGACCGAGCUGUGCAGUGAUCCAAGUGAACCCCAGCCGCCCGGCAGCUUGCUGGUCAACCUGCUCCGAAAUUAUCUGAUCCCAGAUGCCAGCAUCCUAGUCACCACCCGGCCCUCGGCAGUGGACUCCAUCCCGAGCAGGUACAUCGACAGGUACGUCCGUGUCUGUGGCUUCACCGAGGUGGAACAGCAGCGGCAGUAUUUCCGAAAUCGCCUGCGCCUGUCCCCCCAUGAUACGGCCGGCCAGAAUUUGAUGGAGAUGCUGUACAGGAAUCUGCAGAGACAGAGCCGGCUCACCACCGAUUGCUUCCUGCCGUCCUACUGUUGGAUCAUCUGUGCGAACCUGCACUUUCUGCAUUUUACUACCGCCGCUGACUUGCCCACGCAGACGCUCACAGGUCUGUACAACAGCUUCCUGGCGUUAAAUUUUGGAGGUCAAAUUGUGGACGCGAAUAGCCAACAGAACAUCCCGAUCGUGCGCUACAUUGCGAAAGCAGUCGGCAAGCUGGCGUACGAGGGGAUAGAGAUGAAGAAGACGGUGUUCAGUGAGGAGGACUUGCAGAGCUGCUUCGAGCUGCACACCAGGACAGAGGAAGAGCUGAACCAGCUGACUGCAUUUCAGCUGGACGUGUUGGGGUUCUUCAUGUCCCCCAGUGCUGAGCACCACUCGGAGCCCCGCCUGCGGUUCACUGUCCCCGCAAUGCAGGAGUACCUGGCUGCGCUCUAUGUUGUGCUGGGAGAGAAAAAAACCGUCCUGGAACGAGUUGGGAAUGAGGUGUCCGAGACCAUCGGAAAAGCCAGCGAGGACGUGACCGCAAUUUUAGCCAUCGUGUCGAAAUUUAUGCCGCUCAGAAUCAUAACGCUCCUGAGACUUGUGAAUAUUUUCCCACGCAUCUUCAGAAAGAUUCGUACCAAGAGCAAAAAGGGUAUCGCAAACACCAUGGUCUUCGAAAUGUUCAAAGAAGACGAGGAGUUGAACAGCGACGUGUUGGAGCAAAUAAAUGAGAGUAUUCUUGGGAAGGAGGCAGGGACUGGUGACAGGACCAGCACUCAAUGCUUUGAACUCUUCCCGACGUUCAUGGCUGGGCUCUUAGCCCAGAGCAACCGGCUCUUGCUGGAGCAGCUCGGCUGCACGAUAAAGAAUGUGACUGUGCGCGAAAUAUCAAACAAUUUGAAGAAACAUCUCAGCAAAGUCACCGCCAACAAGCAGCUGCCUCCCUCUGAGCUCAUGGAUCUUCUGUUGUUCCUGUACGAGUUGCAGAAUGAAGCUUUUGCAAGGGAGAUCUGCAAGUCUUUCCAAAGCUUGAAUUUGUCCCAAGUUAAGAUGACCACCUUGAAAUGUUUUGUGACUGCCUCAGUAAUGAACGCCUCUGACCACCCAGUUGACCAGAUGAACCUCAGUGUCUGCAACUUAACUGAAGACUGCUUGAAGAUUCUGAAACCAGUUCUCCUCAGAUGCAAGAAUUUAAAUCUACAGUUUAAUCAUCUCGGACUUGGUGCCUGGCAGGAAGUCAGCCAUUUGUUACAGGACCCAAACUGUACAGUUCAGAACUUGUGGCUUUGUGACAACGUUUUGUCCGAGGCUGCACUUAAUUGUAUCGGGCCUGCCAUCGCUCACAACAGUUCAGUGACCCAGUUAUCACUGCUUCACACAUCACUGGGAGACCAGGGAUUGAAGGUACUUACACCCUACAUCCAAGUCAACACACAGCUGAAAGAUCUCAACCUGGCCAGUAACAACAUCAGCGAGGAGGCUGCCAUGGACUUUGUGGAGAUGAUCAAGAAACAUCCGACUUUAGAAACCGUUCACCUGUAUUUAAAUGAAAUCAGUGACAACGGGAAACAGGAGCUGCACGCACUCAGCCAGGAACAGGAUGGGGUGACGGUUCUCGCUUCAAUCACAGAAGGCUCCGACAUCUCGGCCUACUGGACGCUGAUCCUGAAGAACGUCAUGGGAAACGCUGCCAACAGGGACCAGGAGCACAUGGCAAACCACUUGGCACUCUUUCAGAACGAGCUGAAGUUCAGCCGCCGGCAGACCCGAAACCUCUGGAAAAAGAUCAGACUUCUGCGGGUGGAACGUCGAAUCGAGAAGAAGCUGAGAAACAUCCAACAGGAGAAGUAGCGGCCUGCAUUUCGGUCAUUUUCACUGGUCCUUUUGGUGGUUUCCCACAGAUGGCCAGUUGGCUGGCAAACUGAGCUGAUCACAGAGAUGGAGCAAGGUUCUUGACCUGUAAGGUUCAGACUUGGACUUCUGUUGGGUUUUGGGGUGUGUCUAGCAAAGCUCUGUUGCUAACGCCCCUUCAGGGUGUGCACGAGCUAAGUUGGGGCAGGGAGGGAUCAGAGGCACAGAUCAGCUUCCGCUCAGGGAUUCUCGAUGGACAGAUGUUUCCCUGCCCCUUCAGAGUGAAAACAAGUCAAAUGCUUGCAGGAUCUGAGGGUAGAUCUUUAAAUUGAGUCCUGGGCAUCUACCUGGAAUGGAAUUUUAAUCCUGUCGUAGGAUUCAAGUGUUUCUGGAAAUGGUUCACAAGCCACCGGUUGGAAGUUGGAAAAUCUCCCUGCACCCUCAGGAAUGUUCUGGAAGUUUCAGGAAAAAUAUUUCUCUUUGCUGCCAGCAAAAAACUUAGCAAACCAUGGACAAUAAAUUGUUUCUUUCCAUUUUAAAUAAAAACCCUUCUCUUUAUUAGUUACAAAAAUAUUAAAGAUAGUGGGGGAAAUUAGGCUGUUUGACCAGACAGGGCUGGUCGGAGACUGUCCGUUAUGCAAUGAAAUCUCCAGGAAUGUGUCCAACUAUAGAUGAGAAAACUUUCCCUUCUGAUAUCUGUUAAAUUCUGGGUGUUGAAUAA